AUGCAUGAAAAUUACAAUCAAAUUAAUUUUAACUCCAUAUGUUACUAUUUUAACGGUAAUCCAAUGAAAUUCAGCGAUAUUGAUGAUAUUUGGAAUUCAUUUUACUGCAAUAAUGAAGAAUAUAUACCAAUUACACAGAGUAAAAUCAUUAAUAAUCAAAACAAAAAUUGUUUUAUCCAUGAUCUACUUUUUUCAAAUUUCAAUCAACGAAUUAUUGAUUUACAAGGAGACCAAAAGGUUCUUAUUUAUAAAACAAUCUUCUUUGCAAAUACUAAUAAUCAAAAUAGUGAUUCUCAUGGUCGUCUGAUUUCCAAAUUAGAUGGAUCAUUGGUUCAAUAUCAAGUUCAUUCCCUAGAUACUACUAUUAACUUGGAUGAAUAUUCAGCUGUGCAUUCAAAUUCUGAGCUUUCCGAUUCUUCCUUAAAUUAUGUGAAAGAUUCAACUUUCACUGGAUCAAAAGGAAAUGGACCGUCGAUACGCUGUAAGAAAGGUCAUAUUAUUAUCAAAAAUAUUAAUAUAUCAAACACUCAAUCGGAUUAUCACUAUUCUGGGUAUGUUACUUCUUCAUAUGUAAAUAAUAAUUCUUUUACUUAUUCAAUCAUUUCCAAUAUUACAUCUGGUGAUGGUCCACUUAGACAUAGUAAUUUUGAUGGAAACCUUGACCACCUUAUUAUCAAUGGAGUUGUAGCAAACGAAUCCGGUACGUCUUAUUGCAUUAUUUCUGCUUAUAUUUAUUCAAGUAUUACUAUCAGAGAUUGCAUUUUUAGCAAUAGCGAUGCGUAUAGAAUUUUUGAAACAGAUGAUAGCUCCUCAUUAACAAUUUCGGAUUGUUAUAUCAAUAACAAUAAGGUCCAUGAAGUUGAAUCAGGAACAAUUAAUCUAGAAACCACAAAUUUCUUAGAACUAAAUACUUCUGAGAUAGGACCAGAGAUAAAAGCUUAUCAAUUAACCAAAUUUGCUGUCUUGAAAUUCAUCAGUAUCACAAAUACAUUAUUGAAAGGCAUUGAUGAAAAUGCUUCUGCGAUAAUAACAAUUGAAAGCAACAUUUCUUUUCCAAUUGCUAUUAUAAUAUAUAUUGAUGAUGAGAUAAUUCAAGUUGAAUUAAUCCCACUCCAAUAUGGUAUAAAUUUAUAUAACAUCAACAUUACAAUCCCAAGUCGACUUGAUAUAGGAACUCAUAAUUUGACAGCAAAAAUCCAAGGAUAUAAUGAAAAUGAAUCAAGAUCAGUUGCUUAUGGGUUUAAAUUAAUCGAUCCAGUUGAAAUAUCAAUUAUUUAUUCUAAAUAUAAUAAAAGAAGAAUAACCAUAUUCGGAGCAAUUGAUGUGAAAGAGAAUGAUCUCGUAAAAGAACUUGAAGUAGCAUUAGAUAAUUCUACUAAUUUUAUCAGGGUAGACGAAUUCACAAUUGGCAAGAACAAUGAACAACUAUUUAAUUUUAAUUUUGAGUUUCCAUCUGAUUUCACAAAGGGAAAUCACUGUAUUCAAAUGAAUGCAGUUAAUAAUUCUCGAAUAAUUGGAACUAUAAAAUAUGAUUUCAUUUUUGACCCAGAUAGAUUAUCAACUAAUCGGCCUGUAAUUCCAAAAUUUAGAAAGAGGCGAUGA